AUGCCCGAGCUGAAUGCCAUGACCGUGCGGUACGCCGCGCCGGAGGUGAUCACCGCCUUCCGGCGUGGGACUCCGCUGGACGCGGGGCACUUCUUCCCGGCAGACAUGUACGCCGCGGGCCUCAUGCUCUACGAGUGCACCACACGCACCGCUUUCUGGAACAACAUGGACAUCAACCAAAUCAUGGAUGCCGUGCUCGGCGGCCAGCGCCCGGACGCCGCCCACGCUCCGGAUCUCGCCGUCUCCGCAUGGCAGACCGACCCCAACCGGCGUCCCGCCGCCCACAUCUUCCGCCAGCAGUGCGCCGCGCUCUUUGUGGCCGCCGGCGGCCUGAACAGCUCCCACGGCUGA